AUGGCGAAUCAAGUUCCCGCAUCCGCCUUCAGCGAUCUCCUAAUCAAAGUUCGCACUGUUGCCCUGGCGCUGAUCGCAGCCCUGGCCGAGAUCGCGCACUGUUUAAUCCACGCUUUUCGCGACGUUGCGAUAGCUCUCAUCGACGCUGCGACCAAGUGCAUACUCGCUCUUAUUGAGCUUCUCCCCAAUCUCAUUUUCGUCCUUCUCUACGCCUUUCUCGGUUCCGUCAUGACGAAGGCGGAUACCAUCAUCGCUUUCGGUCAGUUUGUGCUCCUACUUCUCGAUGGGCUGGUCCGAACUUUGGGGAAUCCGGUUAUGGCUCUUGUCACCGUCGUCCUGGUUUACCGUUGGUGGUCCAAACCGCACCUGCGGCGUCAAGUCUAA